GUAAAGAAUAUCGAUAACAUUUUAACAGGAUUAAUAUCAAUGUAAACAUACGAUAAAAUAUUCGGUAUUUCUAGAACGUUUAUAAUUCAACGUGUACAAAGUUUGUCAAUAUACCAUAGAAAAUAAAUAUUUGUUUCACUAUACUCAAGUAAAAUGGAUAAAAGAGUGUGUGGUCCAUGUUUAUUUGACAAUACAAAGAAGGCAGUGGACGGAUUUUGUGUACAUUGUGUGGAAUAUCUAUGCAACGCCUGUUGUCAUGAACACAGGAAGAACACGGUCACGCGCGGUCACAAGCUACUUAGAGACGAAAACACGCCACAAGACGACAGUGUUUAUCAGGAAAUAAAGCGUCUUAGAAAAUGUAAAACUCACCCGGAAAAAGACGUCGUGUUUGAAUGUUCUGACCACGCACAACUCAUUUGCGUCACUUGCUUCACGCAUUCUCAUAAAAAAUGUGAGCAUAUAGUGGACAUAUCUUCCAUAGAUACAACCGUUGUAGAUGCAACCGCAAAGGAUCUACAGACGGAUUUGCAACAACUAGAAAAACGGAACACAAGCGCAACACAUGUGACAGACAGGAAACUAUCCAGUCUACAACAACAAAAGGCAACAAUCAAAAAGGCUUGUUCAGAAUUCUCGGAAAAGGUAAAGAAUCAUAUUGAUUCUCUGGAAGGUGAUGUCUAUGUAGAGAUCGAAAGGACUAUCGGUCAGGAUAUAUCCAUUUUACAAAAUGAUGAAAUAUCUGUUAAAGAAAUAGAAAAGGAAAUAUCAUUUACAAGUGAUAUGAUGAAAGCAGUACAUGGUUAUAAAAGCAACCUGAUUCAAUCGAUUGUGAGGAAAACGAGUGAGAAAAAAUAUCGACACAUUGAAAAAAGACUGAAAGACAUUCAAACAAGACCUUUUCAUGAAUUUUCGUUUGAACCAGAGAAUGAAUUAACGCAUUUCCGUUCGCUCGGAAAAAUUGUUUCAAACGAAACUGAAUCUGAUAAUAUGGAAAAAUUAAGCGAAGAGGUUAUGGAUGCACCAACUAAAACUGCUACUGGUUCAACUCCAGAAGAUAACAUAACUAAAAGUAAGCUGAGCUCCGAACAAGUAUCAGUGAGCAGCAAAUCGAUUGAAACAAAUACGAAAAGAAGAAAAGAUGCAGUCAAAUCAUUUCUUGAAAUGAAAGUGUCCAAAACACCUCAGAAUAUAAACGUCAAAUUUAGCAAUGACAUGGAUACUUGUUCAAUUGUUGCGUGCGAUGUUUUACCAGAAUCAGUCGGGAGUUUAAUAGUCCUUGAUUCGAGAAACUGUAAACUGAAAGUGUUGAGCGGGGAUUUUACACUGCGUCAUGAAGCAAAUCUUCCGGAUCAACCACUAGACAUGUGUUUAACAAACCAAAUCCAUGCAUGCACUGCAUAUAUUUGUUUUUCUCGCAUAAAGACCAUUUGCUUUUACCGCAUCUCGCAACAGGGUAUAACUGAUUUACGUUGUUUUCCAACUUCGAAUUACGCCAUUUCAAUCACGAGCAGUGAAACUAUGAUGUUCAUAUUAUCGUCCGUAAGGAAUUUAUUUGAAGAAACUUCAGCCCGUAGAGUCAUCGAAAUCAGGAAAACUGAUGGCAGUCAAGUUUCAGUGCUCAAAAGUAAAGUUGACUUUGACAAAUGCACACGCAUUCGUAUGUUAGACGAUAACCAUUUAGUGUGUAUUGAUGAUACAAUGAUAAAUUGCUACACGCUUAAUACAUCAAAAACGGAAAUAAUGCAACGAAAAUGGUAUUACAAGCAUAGUAAAAAAAUCAACAUGAAAAAUGCAAGCGAUGUAAAUUUUGAUGAUGCUGAGAAUAUGUAUGUAUGUUUGAAAGAGUCACAAACUGUAUCCCAGGUUAAUGCACUCGACUUAUGGGAUAGUCGAACACUUUGCAAUGUUUCCAACCCUUUGUCUAUUGCAAUGGACAGUAAAUCGAGGCGUCUUUUUGUUGGAUGUAUGAACGAUGACAGUAUGUAUACCUACCAUUUUUCAUAA